AUGCUGGCGGGCGCCAGGCUCCAGCGGCGGCGGCGGCAGCUGCAGCAGCCACGGCAGCCCCGGCGGCGGCAGCCCGUCCUCUGGCCGAUGAAUGCGGACCCGCCGCCGCCGCCCUGGAUCUGGAUGGUUCCCGGCUCGGCGGGGCUGCUCCGGCUCGGCGCCGGGGUCGCGCCCCCGCCGGUGCUGCUCGCCUCGGCCCAGCCCGCCGCCGCCCCGCUGCUGCCCGGGCCGCCCGGCUGGCAAGCGCCCGGCGAGCCCCCGCUGCCCCCGCUACCGCCGCUGCUGCCGCUGCUGCCGCUGCCCUCUGCGCCCGAGCACGCCGCCGCGCACCACCCCCCCCUGCUCCCCGGACAGUGGCUGCUUGGUGGUCAUGUUUCAUCACUAGGACUGUCGCCCUCCUCCACCGUGGAGUUGCUACCCAUUUUCCCCCAUGUCUGUCCUUCUGCUCUGCCUCCACCCGUUGGGAAAAGUUGGAUGGAGAAAAGGAUGCCUAAUUACAAGAUCUUUUUAAAUAAUUCCUUUGCCCUGGACUCAACAUGGUUUCAUCCUGAGGAAUCAAUACUGUUCCAUGGGCAGGAAAAGCCUCAUUUUCUUGCAAGCCAAGUAGCCCUGUCGCUGUCCAGGCCGGUUCCCGCCUCCAGGCCUCUCCCCACCGUGAUAUUAGCGCCGCAGCCCAUACCAGGUGGCUGUCAUAAAAGCUUUAAGCCGGUCCACCACAGUCCCACCAUCGCCAUCACCGCCGCCGCCGCCGCUGCCGCCAUGGUGACCGUGGACUCCGAUGGACUCCGGGACCUGGCCCCUUCCCGCGUGCAGCCCUGCCAUCUCCUGACCUUGGCACCCAUCACCAUCCCCCUCCGGACGGCCCCGUUCUCAGAUAAGAGCGCGGAGCGCGGCAGAGCCCCCGGCCCCCCGGCCCUGAUGCUGCCCGCCGCCGAAGGGAAGAGCCGAGCCGCCGACCAGGAGGACAAGGAGCCGCCGCCGUCGGGCGUGGUGAGAGGGGAGGACAGCGCCGCCGAAGGCAGCAAGCCGGUGGCCUCCGCGCCGGUGCCCGGAUCCCCCUGGUGCGUGGUCUGGACUGGCGACGACCGGGUGUUCUUCUUCAACCCCAGCAUGCAGCUGUCUGUCUGGGAGAAGCCUGUGGACCUGAAGAACCGGGGAGACCUCAAGAGGAUCAUCGAGGACCCGCCCCACAAGCGCAAGCUGGAGGCCUCAGCAACAGACAGCAGCGACGGGUCCAGUUCCGAUGAUGGCCUGGAAGACCCAAGUAUGAAGACCAAGAGGAACCGGACCGAAGGCUGCGAGAGUCCCGAGCCGGAGGAGGCUCAGCGGGAGGACAAGGGCGCCAGGACGCCGCCCCCCCAGGUUCUCCUGCCCCUGGAAGAGCGGGCGACGCGUUUCCGAGACAUGCUCCUGGAGAGAGGGGUGUCAGCGUUUUCCACUUGGGAGAAAGAACUACAUAAGAUUGUGUUUGACCCGCGCUAUCUCCUGCUAAACUCUGAGGAGCGGAAGCAGAUAUUUGAACAGUUUGUCAAGACGAGAAUAAAAGAAGAAUACAAGGAGAAGAAGAGUAAAUUGCUGCUAGCCAAAGAAGAGUUUAAGAAACUUCUGGAGGAGUGCAAAGUGUCCCCCAGGACCACCUUCAAGGAGUUUGCGGAGAAGUACGGCCGCGACCAGAGGUUCCGCCUCGUUCAGAAGAGGAAGGACCAGGAGCACUUUUCAAUCAGUUCAUCCUCAUCCUUAAGAAGCGGGACAAGGAGAACAGGCUGCGGCUGCGGAGGAUGA